AUGCAAUUGUAUACUGGAUUAUUGUUCUUCUUAAUUUCCACGAUCGCUCAUAGUGAAUAUAUCCAUCACGACAGAAGUCACGCUCAAAAAACUCGUAUCAUAGAGUGGUAUUCGAGAGGUUCAUCAAUGAGAAAAACAAUGGAAGUUACUGAAGAGGACCCGGAUGCUGGCAAUGUUACUAUGAAGAAAGACGAGGACCCUCACAUGCCUCUGGAAUAUGGAGUUCAUUACGAUGGCCUAGGAAAAUUAUCUACACCUGAAGAAUGCGCGCGACCUUGCAAGAAAGGAGCUUGGCCUAAGAAUUGUUACUAUCAUUUCACAGCCGAGCUUUAUCGAACUCUGGGCGGUGCUUGUACUUUGUGCCGACCAACAACCAACACAUCACUGAGUGCAGACUGCCAGUGUGUUGUUGGUGAUGGAGUUGAUAUGGCUGGUAUCAUGGUAAUUAACAGAAUGUAUCCGGGACCAUCGAUUCAGCUAUGUGUGGGUGAUCUCGCUAUCAUUGAUGUAAACAAUAGAGCUAUUGGUACAUCUAUCACCAUCCAUUGGCAUGGGGUCUAUCAAAAGAACUACCAAUACUACGAUGGUGUUCCUUUCGUCACCCAAUGUCCCAUAAUACAAGGAACAACUUUUCGAUACAGGUGGCGUGCCCAAAAUGCUGGGACCCAUUUUUAUCAUGCCCACACAGGUCUCCACAAACCCGAUGGUCUUGAAGGUGCAGUUAUCAUUCGACAACCAAAAUUUGAGGAUCCGAAUAGCGAUCAUUUUGACGACGAUGAGUUCGAUAAUGUCAUUUUUAUUAAUGAUUGGUUUCAUGAAUCAGCCAUCGACCACUGGCCAGGUACUAGCACGCGAAGAGUUGGCCAAAUACCGCACAACAUUCUCAUCAAUGGCAAAGGACAGUGGUUGGACCCGUCAACAGGUAACUAUACUAAUUCGAGUCUGGCCAUUAUCAAUGUCCAACCCAAUCGCCGUAUUAGGUUCCGAAUGAUCAACAGUUCGAGUUGGACUUGUCCUACUCAGUUCACAAUCCAGAAUCAUAAUUUAACGCUCAUUGGUACUGAUGGUGAAGAAGUAAAACCAAAGAUGGUCACCACUAUCACAUCUUAUUCUGCGGAACGUUAUGACUUUGUUCUCCAUACCAAUGAGACGAUUGGUACUUAUUGGAUUCAAGCUCGGCUGAUACAUUCUUGCUCAUCAGAAAAAAUCACACAAGUUGCUAUAUUGCGUUAUAUUGGAUCAGAAUUAGAUAUUCCGGCAUUAGAAAGACCUCGUUACGAUCCAGGAUUGCCAUUAGGCAUUAUCUUCAAUGAUGUGAAUCGUAUAUGCAAUGAUACAGAUCCGAAUUUUGUCUGCGUCGGAGACCUUCAAACAGCCGAUCCAAUUGAUGAGAGAAUUCUAGCUCCCAAAGCAGACAUCAGUAUUCUUCUGCCGUACCAAUUCCAUUUAUUCUCUAAUGAAGAGCUAUUUAAACCAAAUACUUAUACACAAUUCUUAGUUCCUUUUGGAGGUAAUGGAGCAGUUGCCAUGAUUGGGAAUAUCUCAAAUGUGUUUUUGGGAUCGCCUUAUAUUAGUCAAAUGGCCGAUAUCCCACCCGACAUGAUCUGUAAUAAGUGUUCUCUACCUGAUAGAUGUCUCCCAAGGAAACCAUGUUUCUGUUCACAUAUUAUACACAUACCACUCAAUACGGUCGUCGAAAUUAUUAUGACUGAUGCUGGUGAAAAUGGAUUGUCUCACCCCUUCCAUCUCCAUGGUUUUGGUCACCAUGUAAUGGCCCAGGGUCAUUUGAAGGAUGUACAUAUCACGGAAAUUAAUAAACACUAUGCUCUGGAGCUCCACCGGCAAGCAUAUCAAGAUUUCAGAACUGAACCACCUGUCAAAGAUACCCUAGCUGUCUCAGCGGGUGGAUAUACUAUCGUCAGGUUCAUAGCUGACAAUCCUGGAUACUGGCUGCACCACUGUCAUUUCAUGUCGCAUUUAUUGGUCGGAAUGGAACUAGUUCUCCAUGUGGGAGAGGAUUCAGACCUUCCUCCAGUUCCAAAGGGUUUUCCAACAUGUGGAGACUUUAAACCACGAUCUUGA